GGUGUUGUAAGACAAAGGGUGGUGCAAGGAGCUGUUGUGGGACGGGAUCUCUCACCCACAAUAGCAGAACGGGUUUGUCCGCGAACUUGGCUUGCCUUUAAGAGUCAGAAACACCUGCUGCCGCCCUGUUAUUUCAGAGGAGAGGGCAGGUCGCUCGCUGUGGACUUGGUAAAGGGUGAAGGAACAGGCAGAGAUGGCUGCAACUACUGCUCAGGCUAUGGGGAGCCUGCCCAGCGGACUGGGGAUAUGCACCACGGCCCCGGAUAUAUUUUACCUGCCUGAACUGGUGUUUGGUGGUUUGGUGUGGAUCCUAGUGGCGUCGACUCACGUGAACCCGCCGAACCCUCUGGGCUGGGUGAUGUUUGUCUCGAUCUUCUGCUUCGUCAUGACCUUUCUCUGGAUGAUCAUCUUUGCUGCGGGAGGCCAUAAGAACAGCUCUGGCUGGGCUGCUGCUGACUUUGCUUACCACGGCCUGGCUGCCUUCUUCUACCUCAGUGCAGGGGUGGAUUUGGCUUACAUCACCUUCUUGAAGAAAACAGAUACGACCGCGUUCAAAAUCUACCAGAUUGACAUCGCUGCUGUGGUGUUUGCCUACCUGGCCACACUCCUCUACUUCAUCCACACCAUCCUCUCGUCCAUCCGGUGGAAAAACUUCUGAAGAGCGACGCCAUGUGAAGUACUGUGCAUCCUGUACUACAACUUUCAGAUGGCCGCCGUGCGUGUGUGUUUCUGUACAGAGGAAUCAUUCACAAGAGACAUCAGUCUGGUUAGAUUCACAAUCAAGUUUUUAAGCCAUAUUUCUGAGACUUUUAACAAUGUCAAAUGAAGGUUGGGUGGGUGAGGAUUUAUGAAGAGGCAGCAUAAAAUUAAAGCAUGACAAAUAAAAGAGAGUCGUACACUAGAAUUAUCAUGUUCUUAUGAAAACUGCCAUUUUGGUUUUUUUUUUAAUCACAUCAUUUUUAGUCACUGGUCAUGUAUUAUAUAAGAAAAAGUUUCAUACUUUUAGGCCAAGAUGCCAUUAAAAAUACAUAAUAUCACAUAAUAUCAGUAUAAUUCAUCUUUAACAAGACAAAGGGAAAAGCACUGAUAGAGAAACAAUGAUAUUAAAGCAGAAAGAGGAAUGGAGGUUCAUGUGGAUGGAGAACAUGAAAUAAAAUAAGUUGUUUGCACCGUUAUGAAUUAAAAGGAUUAGUUCAACAUUCUGAGUUUAGGGCUAAGUUUACUGUAGUUUAUUUUCUUACAUGCAGUAGAUGAGAAGAUUGUCACCUCUCUCAUGUCUGUCCCUUACAUAUGAAACUACCACCCGUUUAGUUUAUUUCAGCACAAAGACUGGAAACAAGGGGAAACAGCUUUGUUCUGCCAACAGUCUGACUGACAGACGUCUUUUGCAAGCGGUAAAAGACUUAACUCUUAAGAACAUAAAAGGUGAUGAAGUGUAUUUUUUAGUCAAAAGACCUCUGGCUUACAUUUGUAUAGUUUUGCCAUUUUUGUAUUCUCAAAAAUAAAACAAGAUUUAGACGUAAA